GCCGGCAUGUAGCUGACUACUGCCCCACCAUUGACCUCACCAACAGCCCUGGGGCGGUGCUCACUGCGACCGGCUUCCAGCUCCUGACGGAGUGUGAGGAUAUGCCCAUCGCUGGUGGCGGUAUGGGAGGUGAAGUCGUGAUCAUCUUCGACGGCUGCCCAGAGCCCAUCACGGCUCCGCAUGCUCCGCAUGUUGUGUUCGACUUGAGCGACAGCCUGAACAUCUCCAGCACCCCGGCUGCAAGAAGAAGCUGA